AUGUUUUCCAGACACUCCAACCCCCAAAUCAUCACUGAAUCAUUGGAUUCAGGGCCCGGUGCCUCCGAGAGGCUUUUCACUAUCCUUAAUCGCGACGACCGUUUCAGGCUCGCGGAAGACCCGACUGUCGAGGCAGGUAACCUUGAUAAUGACAUCCACCCCAUAUUCCAGCACGCACGAUUUCUAGGAGAGAGCGAUCAUCUUAAGCAGGCACUCCAGCUAGCAUCACUCUAUCUUACUACACCCACUCUGCUUGAAUUCUAUCUGCCGCUUGUGUUCGGAGACCACGUUACGAUUGAUGGAAGAUUUCACAGAGUUUUGGUUCGACCCCACGAUUCAGAUCGAGAGCACGAGACUCAAACUAUUGAAUUAUUUCUGAUGUGCAUGUCGCAUACUACCAAGUGGGAAUGGGUGGACUUCGAAACAGGGAAAAAGUGGGGCAGCACACAGCAUUACUUCGACGAGUCGCCCAAGUAUCGUCACACAGAACAGUGUCCUACCCUCGAAUAUAAAGGAAAGACGUAUUUCCACAACGAAGACAAGGGUUAUCUAAUCAGACUCAAUCGAGGCAUACUUGACUUCUACCUUGAUGAAGAGACGGGGUACGUGACGCGUUCCCGCUGUGAGCAAUUCCGUCACGACUUCCAGCUCGCGCUUCUACUGGGGCAUGAGAUUGCACACGCGUUUGGUGCGAUGUGUCAUGACGAUUUAGCAGAGCCGUGGCUUGCGGUGGAUCACCCUAGAAAUGAGCUGGGCUUUGCGUGGGAGAACUUUGUCUUUUGCGCCCUGAUCGACCCGGUGGACAGAGAGCCCAGAGGAAAAUACAUCCAUGUAUACAGAACGUGGCAGAGUAGAGAGUUUCGUCAAAAUUAUAAGAGUACCGAGCAGACGGCAGUUCCAGUUGCCUGGACGGCGCAGUGGUUCCGUAGGAAGACGUGGGGGACCAUCAGAAUGUAUGGCUAUAACGCAGUGAACCUGCCUAAUCCCACACUCAAGAUCUAUUUUACGGCCUGGGGUCGCUACAUUGUGUUUACUGAUGAUGAAGACGCGCGGGCGGAUCUCGAUUUGGCUCGGUUUAGCGCAAGUCUGAGUCUGAGCUAUCUGUUUGUGAAGGGAAGCCCCAGUUCGGUUGCUAUGGAGGAUAUCAGUGGGGCUGCGUGGAUGCCAAUGAUUGCCUCAGCGAAGCAACCGCUCAUGGCGACACCACAGCGUCGCUUCGAUGAAGAGCUUGUGGAUGAUACGUGGUACCUUCAAAAUGCCAAAGCCCGCGAGAAGGCUACUUGGCGAGUACAGGAGGUAGCUGAGAAGAGGUCGAAGAGGCUUGCGGAAACGAGCAUGGUCUCGAUAGCAGCCGGACUCAUGAAGGCAUCCAGACAUGCAGCCAGACUCAUAAAUUCAUCUGCACUUGUAGUCAAACCCAGGCCGCAGAGACUGUCAGUGGCAGCGGGGCCGAUGUGUUCGAGCAGCAGUCAUCUUCCCCUACACACGUCAGAAGCCGCGCUAAGCGUUUACGAAAUGGCGAACAUCUCGACCCAUUCCUGCCGAGCAAGAAGGCUCGACGAGGCUACUGAUUCGAGACGGAUUCGACGAUACAGCAAUGCCUCCUCAUUCUCUAGCAUCUAA